UCAUGGCUUCACUUUUGUUCCUUUUCGCUUCAAUUUCACGCUUUUUCCUAAAUUCGAUUUUGCGUUGUUAAAUCCUCAUAGUCGCUUUCAAAGGUUUGAUUUUUCCGAUGAGAUCUCCAACGAAGACUACACCGGCGAUGUCUCCGUCUUCAAUUUCCACGGUUAAAUCUCCACCUCCGUCUGAUACUUCAAUGGCCAUAGUAGCUUUCGAUAACUCCACUGCUCACUUCUCUUCGUCUCCAUCGCCUCCACAUUCUCUUGACCAUUCCAGUGAAUCGGAGAAGGAAGAAGAGAAAUGUACACCCGAUGGUAGGAGAAAGAAUAAUCAUUUGAAGAUUGAGGAAAGUCCAUCUCCGAUUGUGGUGGUUCACAAUCACAAUCUCUCUGUUAAAGAAGUGGUUCCUCCUGUGAUGACGACGAGGAAGACUGCGAGGGUUGGUUCUGGGAGAAGUAGUGGGCAACGAUCUGGAGCUGUUUCGGCUAUUCUGAGAAGGUCUAGGAGGGAAGAGGUGGUAAAGUUUUCAGCUUUAGGGUUUCGGUUAAGUGAGGUUGUGUUGGCUUUGAUUUCGUUCUCAAUCAUGGCUGCUAAUAAAACCCAAGGUUGGAGUGGUGAUUCUUUCGAUCGUUACAAGGAGUACAGGUUUUGUCUCUCUGUGAACGUGGUUGCUUUUGUAUAUUCUAGUUUUCAAGCAUGUGACUUAGCGUACCAUCUUGUCAAAGAGAAGCACUUGAUCAGCCACCACCUACGACCUCUGUUUGAGUUCAUCAUAGAUCAGGUACUUGCAUAUCUGCUUAUGUCUGCUUCAACAGCAGCAGUCACUCGCGUUGGUGAUUGGGUUUCAAACUGGGGAAAAGACCAAUUCACUGAGAUGGCGAGUGCCUCGAUUGCUAUGUCCUUCUUGGCCUUCCUUGCCUUUGCUUUUAGUUCCCUCAUUUCAGGUUAUAACCUCUUUAACCAAGACUCACUCUAAUCCUCCAACUUUUUUUUGUAUAGUUGUCCACACUCCUUGUGUGAAUGUAUAAUAAAAAAAAAUCAAUAUAUCUUAGCCAUGUAAUUAUUAUUAUUAUACUUUGAAUUUUGUAGACUUUGUUAACAAAAACGCUGUAAUCUUUUGAGGUUAAUAAGAGAGGCAAAAAAACCUUAUUCUGUUGUCAA